AUGAAGCUCCUCUACAUCAAGGCGGCGCUGCUCAACAUGACGCUGCUCUCCUUUGUGGAUGAUGGGACCAUUCUUGCCCAAUCCAAACAACUUGAUGAUAAUAAUGUGGGCCUGCGUAAGGCCUACAAAAUUACCUACCUACUCUUUGUUGCUUUCGCACUCGUUCUUGAACAUGACAAGACCGAGCUGUUCCACUUUUCGUGUCGACGAGAUGCCUACAAUCCCUCGCUGGACUUGGGGUAUGCCCCACAUACUGGUGCCACACCUUUGAAGCCCAAGACCUAUUGGAGGUACUUGGGCUUCUACUUUGACCACGGGCUCACGUUCCAGGAGCACGUUCGCUACUACGCCACCAAGGCGUUUACCACCGUGCAGGCCAUGCGCAUGCUCGGAAACUCUACUAGAGGUCUUUCGCCUAAACAGCGCCGCCUCUUAUACCAGGUCGGCGCGAUGAACCAGUUGAAACAGAUGCAGCAUAAAGCUGCUCUAUGGAUUACGGGUGCUUUCCGCACCUCCCCCACUGGCGGUCUUGAGGCUCUAGCGGGUCUCAUCCCUGUCCACCUUAUGCUGAAGAAGCUGGCAACACGUGCAGUGUAUCGUGUCGCCACCCUCUCGGACACUCACCCCCUUCGCUCUACGAUGGGUGAGGGACUCCUCAAGCGAGCCACACCACAUGCUCGCUCAGCCGCCUUGAUGACCCCAGCCAUGUGA